AAUCUUCUUAAGGUUUUUGGUUGUGCAUUUUUUGUUCUUCUUCCACCUCAUGAACAUAACAAGUUAGAGCCUAGAGAUCGAUUAUGUUGUUUUUUGGGUUAUGAGAUUACAUAAAAAGGAUAUAGUUGUUGGGAUCCUAUGUCACAAAAACUCCGAGUUUCAUGUCAUGUUGGUUUUUGGGAACACACUAUGUUCUCAUCAUUGUCAAACUUCAAGGUGUCAUCCUUUCAUCAACCUCCAUUUUUUACUAAUCCUUCUAUUAAGCUAUUUCCUAGUAAUUCUAAUGUAGGUACAUCUGAUGAACUCUACAAUGCCUCACCACAUGCUCCAACUAGUUCUGUAGAAAAUGAUCUGCCUGCUGGUAAUGCAUUAGAUAAUUUUGAACCUUUUUCUACUUCCUUAUCUGUAUCACCUGUUGAUGUUGCAUCUAAGCUUGUUGUCCCAUCCUUGAGUCAUCCUACUCGAGUAAGAAACCCUCCCAGCCACCUUCGUGAUCAUCAUUGUUUUCCUGCUAUUACUUCUUUACAUGAGCCUCAAUCUUAUCAAGAGGCCUCUUCUAACCCUCUUUGGCAACAAACUAUGCAAGAUGAAUUACAGGCUCUUGAGAACACUCGUACAUGGGAUUUAGUUGAUCUCCCUGUUGAAGAGUCUUUGAUAGGUUGUAAAUGGGUGUACAAGAUCAAAACAAGAUUUCAUGGUUCUGUGGAGCGCUAUAAGGCACGCUUGGUUGCCAAGUGUUUUACACAGGAGUAUGGAAUAGACUAUAAGGAAACAUUUGCUCCAGUUGCUUGUCUCACAUAUGUGCACAGUUUGCUUGCUAUUGUUGCUAUAUGGAGAUAGAAAUUGUUUCAAAUGGAUAUGACAAAUGCUUUUCUUAAUGGUGACCUAGAAGAAGAAGUUUAUAUGAAACUACCUCUUGGGCUCAACCGUCCUCCAAACAAGGUAUGUCGAUUGCGACGUGCAUUAUACGGGUUGAAACAAUCCCCUUGAGUCUGGUAUGCCAAGUUUAGUGCUACUGUGAGUGAGUUUGGUUUUACUUCCAGUCUACAUGAUACAGCUUUGUUCAUUCGUAAGACUGAUCGGGGUAUAAUUCUUUUACUUUUUUAUGUUGACGACAUGAUUAUUACUAGAGAUGAUGUCGCAGGUGUUGAGGAGCUAAAACAAUCUCUCAGUCAGAACUUUGAGAUGAAAGAUCUUGGUGUUUUGAGCUAUUUCCUUGGGUUGAAGUUACCUCUUCAAAUGAUGGCUACCUACUUUCUCAAGUAAAGUAUGCAUCUUAUC